AUGUCCACGUCGCUCCGCUCCGUGCCGAUGGCGAACCUGCGGCGCUUCAUCCGCAUUGUCGCCGACGGCCGUGUCGGCUCGUCUGUCGGCUGCAACACGUCGCACCGCACCCGCGCCUGUCAAGCCGGCAAUGCUUGCCCCUUCAGCCACGAUCUCGGUGCUGCCGCCGAGAACAUUUGCAAGUACUUUGCCAAGGGCAACUGCAAAUUCGGUCCGAAAUGUGCCAACAUUCACGUUCUCCCAGACGGUCGGCGUAUCAACUACGGCAAGAACGGCGUCACGAUUGGCACCUCUCCGAUAGCCCUGGGCGGUCGAAUCAACCCGACAUCUGCAACAAACUACCACCCGACGAGUGCCCUGACCUCCGGCCUCUACCGCGAAGGCGUCCCUCCCUUUACCUCGGCGUACCCGUACGGCGACGAGAGGCAGCACCAGUUGGGCGGCCAGCCGAGUCUCGAGACCGGCUUGCCGACCAUUGACACCACCUACUCCCACCCCGGCUCCAACUACGGCUCGCCUCGCGACGACGACGCAUCCAGGUUUGGCCUCGGCCUGUCUCCCGUCAACGCCAACGGCCUUUCCGUCCUCGAUGCGCCCCUCCCCGCAUCGUUCGACUCGCAGGGCAUGUCCAACGCCGCCCGGUUUCCCGCCGCUCCGUGGCCGUCGUCUGUGCCCUCCAAGUUCGGUAUCGAAUCCCCCACGCCCUCGUUGAGCAACGCAAAAGACUCGCGAACUUCCGAGACUCUAAAGAUGCUCCACACUUCUGCCUUUGGUGGCAGCGAGUACCUCGCGGCGGCCAACCCCCCCAGCCAGACCGAGGAGUAUUUCGGCAAGCGCACCAUGCAUUCGAGCCGAUACGCAAAGCCCAAGAUGAUGAGCUCGAGCAUGCCCAAGACGACCGCCGUGGACCACGAUUGGGAGGCCGACUUUGGCUUCUUGGAGGAGGAUUGCGUGCCGCACAACCUGCAGGAUCUCUUGACGCCAACCGAGAAGGCCCGCCGGGGAUCCCUGCGCACCGUCGAUGGUGAGCCGGGCAGCGAGAAUGCGACCAAGUUCGGCAGCCCCAUUGGCGGCGCAAGCCCGAGCAGGUGGGGCCCGCUGUUCCAGCGCCAGAAGGAGGAGGAACUGGGCGCCCUCAAACAUGGACCCUCGGCCUUUGGGCACGUCGGAAGCCCCCUCCGGAACUCGAUCCUUUCCAACGAAAUGGGUCACGGUGGUGCCAUGGCCCGGCCCAUCGGCUCUCGUGCUGGCAGCGAGCCCAUGUCGGCCCUCACCCAGCAACUCCAACGGACCCGUCUGGGCGAUGACGGGAACGGCAGCCCGCACUUGCACCCCUUGACAGCCGCCGGUCGCGCUCCGACCAACGGUGGCGCCGGGCCCAUUGGCAAGGAGCGGGACCGCAUGAUGGAGCGUCACGUCUCGAGCGGUUCCAUUAGCUCCUCCGUCACCGGACGUUACACUACCCCGAUCGACGAGGAGGACCCCGCCUUCGUGUUCAACAUGGAGGAAGAGGAGGACCAGUCUUCGGCACGACUGCGCAAGCGCGGAUCUGCCGGCUUCGGCAUUGGAGGCGGAUGGAGCUACGCCAACGCCCUCUCCAACAAGGGUGCCGCGUCUGGGUCCGGCCUGGCCAAGGAGCAGCGCGAGCCAUCUGUCAGCGUCGAGACCGUGGGCGGGCGCUGA